ACCAGUCUACACAUUUUUUGGAAUUGAUGUAAACAGCUAAGAUAUCCUGUAGUUGUUCUGGAUUUCUAUCAGAAAAGACUGCUCUUUGCUAAGUGAAAAGAGAAAUGAACCCUAGAACCUCUUCUUGGAAAAUCAGUAAAAGGAAAAAUGUUGUCCCGAUUAAGAAUAGUUGGCACUCCUUGUACCCAGACAUGUCGACACUUCCACAUAAAAGAGAAAGGCAAGCCACUUAUGUUGAACCCAAGAACAAACAAGGGAAUGGCAUUUACACUACAGGAACGACAAAUGCUUGGUCUUCAAGGACUUCUACCUCCCAAAAUAGAAACACAAGAUAUUCAAGCCCUACGAUUCCAUAGAAACAUAAAAAAAAUGAAUGGACCUUUGGAAAAAUACAUCUAUAUAAUGGGAAUUCAAGAAAGAAAUGAGAAAUUGUUCUACAGAAUUCUACAAGAUGAUAUUGAAAGUCUAAUGCCAAUUGUAUACACACCAACAGUUGGUCUUGCCUGUUCCCAGUAUGGACACAUUUUUAGAAGACCAAAGGGAUUAUUUAUUUCAAUCUCAGACAGAGGUCAUGUUAGAUCAAUUGUGGAUAACUGGCCAGAAAAUCAUGUUAAGGCAGUUGUGGUGACUGAUGGAGAACGAAUUCUGGGUCUCGGAGAUCUGGGUGUCUAUGGAAUGGGAAUUCCAGUGGGAAAACUUUGUUUGUAUACAGCUUGUGCAGGAAUCAGGCCUGAUAUGUGCCUGCCUGUGUGUAUUGACGUAGGAACUGAUAAUCCAGCACUUUUAAAAGAUCCAUUUUAUAUGGGCUUAUAUCAGAAAAGAGAUCGCUCACAACGUUAUGAUGACUUGAUAGAUGAGUUUAUGAAAGCCAUUACUGAGAGAUACGGACAGAACACGCUUAUUCAGUUUGAAGACUUUGGAAAUCAUAAUGCAUUCAGAUUCUUGAGAAAAUAUCAGAAAAAAUACUGUACCUUCAAUGAUGAUAUUCAAGGGACGGCUGCUGUGGCUUUAGCAGGUCUUCUUGCAGCACAAAAAGUUAUUGGUAAAUCACUCACACAACAUAAAAUCUUAUUUCUUGGAGCAGGAGAGGCUGCUCUGGGAAUUGCCAAUCUCAUAGUUAUGGCUAUGGUGGAAGAUGGUCUCUCAGAAGAAGAUGCCCAAAAGAAAAUUUGGAUGGUUGACAAGUUUGGCUUAUUAUAUAAGGGGCGGAAAGCUAACAUAGAAACUCAUCAAGAAGCAUUUGCUCAUGCAGCCCCAGAUAACAUACCUGAUACUUUUGAAGACGCAGUUAAGAUACUUAAGCCUUCAGCUAUAAUUGGAGUUGCAGGAGCUGGUCCACUUUUCACUCCAGGUGUAAUCAAAGCCAUGGCUGAAAUCAAUGAACGCCCUGUAAUAUUUGCAUUAAGCAAUCCUACAGCGAAGGCUGAGUGCACACCUGAAGAGGCAUAUACACUGACAGAGGGAAGGUGUUUAUUUGCCAGCGGCAGUCCAUUUGGGCCAGUGAAACUCAGUGAUGGGCAAGUCUUUACACCAGGUCAGGGGAACAAUGUGUAUAUUUUCCCAGGCGUGGCUUUAGCUGUUAUUCUCAGUAACACCCGGCAUAUUAGUGACCAUGUUUUCCUAGAAGCUGCAAAGGCACUCACAGAUCAGUUAACUGACAAAGAACUAGCACGAGGGAGACUUUACCCACCACUUGCCAAUAUUCAGGAAGUUUCUAUUAAUAUUGCCAUCAAAGUUACAGAAUACCUGUAUGCUAAUAAAAUGGCUUUCCGUUACCCAGAACCUGAGGACAAGGCCCAAUUUAUUAGAGAAAGAAUAUGGCGAAGUGAAUAUGAUUCCCUGCUUCCAGAUGUGUAUGAAUGGCCAGAUUCUUCGUUACAACCUCCCCAGAUAAUAGAAUAGAAACACUCCCACUGAGAAAUACUUUCUAAGCUUCAGGGAACCCCCUACCCUAUCUUCUUUUUUCCCCCAUUCUAAGACAAUAAGACGAUAUUCUGAAAGUUAUUUUCAGUCUCACCACUUUGCUUGGCUUUUUUUCCCCUCCUAUGAAUGGGACAUGUCUGUAGGAGCUAACUGUGCUGACUACUGUUAAUGCCCACCAGUACCUUACAAGCAAAUCACCAUAAUGCUUUCAUUCUGAUUUCAAGCUCAUACCACAUCAAAGAGAUGUUGACAGUGUACUCAUGAAUGUCUUCACUUGUGCUUUUUACAUGUUUGCCAAUGGACAGUAUUUGCUGUUUCCUAUUCAAGGAAAUGCUCUUCUCUCACCCAGCUCUUUUAGGCUACUGAAAUAGGAAUUUACUUCCAUGGCCAUGAGGACAGGAUUUUGAAAAGUCAAAUUCAACCAAAUUCUGUGGACAUAUUAUCAGUAUCUACAAAUGCUCUCUUAUAACUGCUUCAUUUUUCCUUCAUGAUCUGAAACUCCUUUAGAUAAGAGAAAUAUGAAAAAAAUCUACCCUAUUUAUUUUAAGGAACUAAAUUGAGGCUUACCUAUCACAUUGUAAGAAAGAAAUGGGAAGUAUAUCUGCCUUUAGACAAAUGAAUGAAACAGUCAUUGUUUUCAAUGGUGUAUAAAAAUCAUAGUGUAACUUUAUUUAAUAAAGGUAAUAUCUUAAAUUUAA